AUGAGGACAUUAGUAUCUCUUCUCAGCUUUGUUGCUGUUACAUACUGCUUCAUAGUUCCACCUCUUGAGGAUGAAGCUUACGCAGACGCCGUUGCUAGAAGCGAUAUGCUUCCUUUAGCUGCUGCUGCAUACUCCAAGAAGCCAGACGAGUGUUUGACUAAAGUCUUCGGAGGACAGCUCAAAAGACAAGUAACAGUUAAAUGCGACUUAGCCAGAGAUAGUUGUUCUGGAUACACUGCAUUACUUCCCAAAAACAACGCCAUCGUUGUUUCAUUCAGAGGAACAGAUCGUUUCUUACAACUCAUCACAGAGAGUAACCAAGCCAUUUUCAAGGAUAAGAUUGUAUGGCCUGCUGGAGGUAAAGUAUCCAAGUACUUCUAUGAUGCUUUCAUGGACGUAUGGACGAAAGGAAUGAAAGAUGACUUCUUAUCUCUCAAGAACGCUAACCCUACCUAUCAAGUUUGGGUAACCGGACACUCUUUGGGAGGAGCAAUGGCUUCUUUGGCUGCCAGCUACAUUGUUACCUCUGGUAUGGUUCCAGCAAGCAAAGUGCAUUUGUACACAUUCGGUCAACCUCGUACAGGUGAUAAAGACUGGUCUUCUGCUCAUGAUGGACAAAACAUGGUCGCCACAUAUCGAGUAACUCAUUGGAGAGAUGUCGUUCCUCACGUACCACCUGAGCAUCUCGAGGGUUAUAGACAUCACAAGUUCGAGGCUUUCUACAAGAGUCACAUGAAGGAAGGAGCUCCUUUCACCGUUUGUACAGGAGACGAAGAUAACAAGUGCAGUGACGGACUCGACAUCACUACAAGCAUUGAAGACCAUCUCCACUAUUUCGAAAAGGAUAUUUCCGAAUGGGGAGAGAAGGGCUGCAAGUAA